GAAAUCAAACAACAUCGUAAACAUCGGGAGUGAACUAUUUGACGACUUUUCAUCACUUAUAUACUUGAACCUGAUGAGAAACAGAAUAUACGAAAUAACGGCGAAUUCUUUCAGGAAUCUUCGUUUCCUCACACGACUCUUUCUUUCAGAAAAUAACAUAUCACGAAUAGACACUGGAGCCUUUAAUGGACUAAGCGGAUUGCACUGGCUAUUUCUGAACGACAACAAAAUGCAGACCCUGGAACCUGGCAUUUUUCUCGGAUUAGAAGAUCUAUAUUGGCUAGAUCUGCGCAACAAUGAAAUUAGAGAUUUGCAGGAAGGAGAAUGUCUCAACGAUCUAAAGUCACUUGUAUGGCUUGACCUCGAAGGCAACGACAUCCGAAGUCUUAAUGCAAGAUCUUUUGCUGGGAACACAUCCCUCACAGUUUUAAUAUUGAGAAAUAACAGUAUAAAAUCGAUGGAAAAGAAUUCAUUCACCUCGCUCGGAACCCUGGUGGAAUUAGAUCUAUCUCACAAUCAGAUUUCACAUUUACCCGAUGGAAUUUUCGAUGGACUGCAUUCUCUAGAGAUUCUGAGACUGAGGAAUAACCCUCUAAUUUCCCUUCCUGUUGAUGUGUUCCGAGGUUUGGAGAACCUUGUUGACUUAGACCUUGCAGAAGUUAUCAUCGGAAAUAUCAACGUUAAUAUGUUUCAGAGCCUCGGUAGACUUGAAAAAGUCGCUUUCUCAAAGUUUGAGUACUGUCGCUAUGCCCCUCACGUUCGAACUUGUACCCCUCGAUCCGAUGGAAUCUCGUCGUUUGAAAAUCUCCUGAAGAACGUGAUUCUACGAGUUUUUGUGUGGACGAUAGGUAUCAUCACAAGCGUGGGUAAUCUCGGUGUCUUGGUCAGCCGUGCUUUUAUGAAAGCAGAAAAUAAAGUUCAUACGGUGGUCGUCAUUAAUCUAUGCACUGCCGAUUUCUUGAUGGGAAUAUAUUUGCUAAUCAUUGGCACCCAUGAUGUGAAAUACCGAGAUAACUACAACCAACACGCGUUGGAGUGGACCAACGGCGUGACGUGCAAGGUUUCUGGUCUUCUCGCCAUGAUCUCCAGUGAAGUCUCGGUCCUGACACUCAUGUUCAUAUCCCUUGAGCGCUACUUCAUCAUAGUCUACCCAUACAGCUUCCAGAGGAUCAAGACAAGAAGGGCGAUCAUGGUGUUGGCCUGUAUAUGGCUCUUCGGAACACUACUCGCAGUUGUUCCGAUUAUUCCUGUGGAAUACUUUGGGAACUUUUAUGGAAGCAACGGCGUUUGCUUCCCACUUCAUCUACACGAGCCGAGGCUAAGAGGUUGGGAAUACUCGGUUGUCGUGUUCUUAGGUAUCAACACGACUGCAUUCAUAGCCAUUGUCCUUUCGUAUACAGGUAUGUUUCUCAGCAUUCGAAGGACACGCCGCGCUGCAGCACAGUGUGGAAUGAAAGGGGAUAUGACAUACGCUAAGCGUUUCUUCUUUGUCAUCCUGACCGAUUCUCUAUGCUGGUUGCCGAUUGCUAUACUGAAAGUCAUGUCACUUUGCAACUUCAUUAUAUCUGAAACCCUUUACGGUUGGAUAAUAGUUUUCGUCCUACCUAUCAACAGCGCCCUAAAUCCAAUACUCUAUACACUCAGCACUACGUCAUUCGCCGUGUGGUUCAUGCGUCAAUUGAAGAGAGGUAAAUUGAACACAUCUGGCUGUUACAACGGCAGAAAAGUUGACAUGUCAGAAUCGAGAGGUCAUCUUCAGGUCAAAUCCAAGAUGGCCGCCUGA